CCCAUGUUUUACACACAGCUCAGCUGAGAGGAAAAAAAAAGAGAGCCGAUCUGAACUGAAGUCCAUCCUGGACCAAGCUAAAGCUCUUUUUGUUCCACACUGGCUUCAACAACAUUAAAGGGACAUUUUUCGGUGUGUCUGCUUCAGGGGAAUCAGGAAAUAUUAAUGACAUGGACUUAAAAGAGGCAGGACAUAUGGAUCAGUGUGGGCCGUGCCUGAAGAGAAGAAGGCACGACAGCGAUCAGUCUGUCUCCAGUGGAACCAGCAGCUGUUCUGGUUUGGAGUACACCGAUCUGGAAGCAGCUGAAGCUCUGGUGUGUAUGAGCUCCUGGGGUCAGCCCGUGUUCCUCAGCAGCAGAGAGAAGCUCAUUCCCUGCAAGCCCCGGCCCCUCACUCCGGCUUCUGAUUCCUGUGACUCCCUCCUGCCCCUGGAUCUCCACGAGCCCCAGAGGGACUUUGUAUCCCUCUCCUCUCUGUGCAUGACACCUCCCCACAGCCCCAGCUUUGCUGAGACCUCCUCAGGCACCACGGUCCAGUCUACCCCCAGCCCAACCGUAUCCAGGACUCUCUCUGGCUCUGAGCGCCACCAGCCCAUCCAGGCAUCCUCUCCUGAAAGGACCCCUUCCCUGCCCGCUCAGCCACACCCCUGCAGAGCCAUGGCAACCAGCGUCAUCAGACACACUGCAGACAGAGACCUGUGCCAGCACCACAUUCCAGUCACCUCCAUUUCACAGGAAACUACAAACACUGUAAGCGUAGCAGGAACAAUGGUGUGCAGGCAGCAGGAAUGCUUUGUAAACACACCUCAGCCUCCACCUGCAGUGGAAACGCAGCGCCCUGUUAGUCCCAUUAAACCUUCGGACAAUAUCUUUACCCCCAACACCCAACCACAAAACCCAUCAACAAGCCCAACCGCAGCCCUCUCCCCUCCUCCAGUGACCACUCCUCAAAUCAUCUGCCAGAUGUUCCCCAUCUGCAGCCAGUCAGGUAUAAUCUCAGCCUUCAUCCCCAGCCCAGGUCAGGCCCCUGGUACUGGAAUUCGGACUACAUCAACCCCCAUCCUCCCCCAGCCCACCUCAACCAACAGGCCCCCCCUCCAGCAGCCCCUUAUUGUUGGUUCUGCAGUGCCACAGGCCACAGUAAUGCUAGUCCUCCCUCAGCCCUCGGUCUCUCAGGCCCCUCAGGGACCACAAACUGUCAUGACCCUGGGCAACACUAAACUGCUACCUCUGGCCCCAGCCCCCGUGUACAUGCCUGCUGGGCCCUGCAGCAACACAGCGGCCACAAAAGUUGUCUUUUCUCGCAGGAGAAACUACAUCUGCAGCUUUCCGGGCUGCAGAAAAACUUACUUCAAGAGUUCACACCUCAAGGCUCAUCUGCGAACGCAUACAGGCGAGAAACCAUUCAGCUGCAGUUGGGACGGCUGCGACAAGCGGUUUGCACGCUCUGAUGAGCUCUCCCGCCACCGGCGCACACACACCGGCGAGAAGAAGUUCGUCUGUCCGGUGUGCGAUCGGCGAUUCAUGCGCAGCGACCAUCUGACCAAACAUGCCCGCCGUCACAUGACCACGAAGAAAAUCCCUACCUGGCAGGCGGACGUUCGCAAUAUUAGCAAAAUGGCUACAGACAAAACUCCUCCCUCUAAAGCUGCCAUCGCCACCCUUAGCAUGCUAGUGCCCGCCAGCUCCAAGUAGACUCUGAACUACCGCCAUUUCCUCUGUCCGUGCAUAUUUAGGAAAAUGGAUGCUCUCAUUUGUAGCAACUGAUAAAAAUAAAAAGUAAAAAAAGUAUUUUAAUUUUAAAAUAUCGAAUUUAAUUUCUGGCCACUUUUCUUUUUUGAGGUCAAAAACAGACAAGUUGACACUUGAACUGGUUUGAUAUACUUAUUUUUAUUAAGAUAAUUGAGAAAAAUCACCAUUACGUAAGAAAUGGUCCUGUUUUUUUAUAUCCUUGGAAUAACAUCUAUCUCAUACUCUGCCUCUAGGAGGCGCUGUUUCUUGCGUACAACUACCACAUAUUUUUUCCCUCAUAAAGGGAACUUUGCUGCUAAUUUCACACCUUCAACUAUUUCUGAGGAUUAUUUUUUUGUACCCGACUUUGUCAAUUACAAAAGUCUGAAAAGAAAAGCUUCGUACCAGAAAUGUGUCGAUUUGGUUCCUGCUCUCUCACGUGUUUUCCUUCUGUCCGCCUAAAUUCACAUUGAUCUCUUUCAACCUCUAUUUAUACAACAAAACCUUUUUUCACCUGUGCAUCUAGAAUUAUCAAAUACAACUUUACUGGCAGCAUUUUUUUGUAUGACAAGAUAAUUAUUUGUGUUUUAGAUGUUAUGUGGAAGCUGAAUAAAUUAGAAACGGCUUACCUUAAUAUAGGUUGCCAACGGCAAAAUUAGACAUAUUUGGACAUGUCUCCGACCGUUAGAUGUCGGAGGUUCUUCUAGCAAAGUCUUUAAAAUACCCAUCAAUUUAUAUUUACGGGAAUGAAAUACUAGCUUCACUGGAAAUUGUUUGAGGUGAAGUUUCAGAAGAAGCCUAUUAUUAGUUUGGGUUUUUCUAUCACAUUUAAUGCACAAAACUGUUACAAUUCACCAUAGAAGGGCCAAUUCAAGGGAAAAAAACAAACAUUAGAUGCUUAGACACAUGAGAAAAAUGUAAUUAAAGACAUUUAUGCCCAGUGUGUAUGGACAGUGAUAUCUCAGGAUGAAUUGUAAACUAUAAAGAUGUGUAGGACUAUUAGAGAAAUGGUCAGUUUUCUCUAUUGUUUUUUUUGUUUUAACUCUGAUUAUUCAUGCUUAUCUGGUUUUGACUAAGGAAAGACAAGGGGGAGGGGGUUCUUUGUUUCUUUGAAUAUUUAGUAUUUGAAAAACACUUUCAUUACUGGAUUCUACUCAGAAAAUGGAACCACCAAAAAAAAAAAAUGCACGGACCUUCUUCACUCCUGAGACACCAGAGGGAUGACAAAAAUGGCGGUUUAUCUUUUACUUCUAAAAAGACAGAACAUGCACUGGACUCCUCCUGCUCUACUGCUCAUUUUGUACAUGGAUUUCCUCUAAACGAUUCUUCGUUUACUUGUUUUCUAUUGUUGAUUUGUUUGUACUCAUCCUUGCCAAAGCUUUUGUAAUGACAUUUGUUGACAUUUCGUUUUUGUCCACCUCCUACAAGACAAUAUAUUUGUCUAAAUACUGAUGUCUAUGUGAAUGUAUUGUUUGUUUCAGUAUAAAUUACAUCUUUUUUGUCUCAUUUGGGGAAAAGGGUGACAAAAAGUGUAUAUUUGAAACUAAUUAUGAGUAUUUUGAUUGUACCCCAAAUGUACCUGCCCGCCUGACUUUUCGUAUUAUUUAAUAUCAUGUUUGUAAUUAAAAAGUGAUA